AUGGACAUGGCUCUGAAAUGGCAAUCGCGUUCUUUAGGUGGGCUCCCUACCAUGGCGGAUAUCUCGAGCACGACUUCAUCCGAUCUGCCGAAGCAAUUGUCCCAGGCCAAGAAAGCGGCAAUCGACGGUAAAAUCGGCAAGACCACCGUGCUAGUCGUGAGUCUUGUCGAUGUAGAAAUGAUUGAACGCGGUGAGCGUCAAAGCCGCAACAUGAAUUAUACGUCCUUUGCACAUUGUUUUGUUCUGGCUAUAGGAAGAGAGGGUUUCCGGGUAUACCAAGCAUGGGGUGAGCACGGCUACCGCCUGGACGAGUACUUGAAGCGGGGCGGUUCACAACUUCGAUCCUGGAAAGAGGCGACAGCUUUCCUGAAGAGUUUUCGGAAACUUGCUAUUAUUCGGCGGCGCCUGCAGGCUCCCCUCGUUCCUGUGUAUCGACCAUGGGUGAGAACCUUCGAGAUCAACGAUGUUCGAUUGGAGGAUAUCAAGAAGUUCAGAUAGAGACAUUUGGUGUGAUAAUUACCAGGAAUGAGCUUGCAUGAGAUCGCGGUAAUGCUCAGAUGAUUCAUUACGCGUUAUAUUUACAGUUCAGUUGUUCACAUGAUUCCUCGC